GCGGAAGCGAAGUGAGCCAGUGCAAGCGAGAGAAGAGAAGAGAGAAGAGAGAAGAAGAAGAAGAAGAAGAAUCAGCAGCAGAAGCAGGAGCAGCAGAAGAAGAAGAAGCUUGGAGCUUGAAGCUAGCUACGAAGCAGAAGCCAGAAGCAAGCGGUCGGUCGACUGGCCCGCCCGGAAGAGAGAAACGAGCUCGCAUCGGUCUCUGAGGUCGAGGUCGAGGCCGAGGUUGAAAUAGAGAGAUCUAGCUCUGCGUGUGUCCGACGACCCACCCUGCUGACUUGGUUGCGAUGGAUGGAUGGGCCACUGCGAAGGGGCAAGGGAGAAUGAAAUCAAUGGUCGUGACGCCGAUGAUGAAGAUACCCGACCUGUAAGAGAUCAGAGAUCAGAGAUCAAAGAUUUGCGAUUUCCUGCUGUCGGGCGAAGCAAGUGGAGGAAAAUCUGGUGAAGCUUGCAAAUGAACCGCGGAGGAAAAGCUACGGCACCACAACCGCGUAAAUCUUGAGGAGGAGGAGGAGGAGGAGGAAGUAGAAGAGGUUGAUGAUGAUGAUGAGCCCACGGGAGGGUAGUCAAAUUCAGGUUCAGUGAAUGUGUAAGUGUAGCAGGCUCGAUUUGAUCACGAUCAUCAUCACGAUGGUUUAACCAGGAUCGACGAAGACGAAGAGGAAGAAGCACAAGCAGAAGAAGGCCGACGAAAGAUUUCUGAGACGAUCUGACGAGGAGAGAGACUGACAUACAGCUGCAGUAUCAACCUUAGCACCCGAUUUUCUGAGCGGGUCGGAGUACCAUCAUCAGACUAAAGUAGACUAGUUGGAGAGAGACGUGUGCUAAACGGCAGAUUGAUCUGAACUAUGCUGCACGCUUGUGCUUAGUUGCACCUGCGCAAGGCGUCGAGACACAUUCAGACUCACUCACACACACUCACACAGACAAACUAGACGAGACGGACGAGGCGAUGAUGAUCGUGGCGGAGUCCGCAGGUGCAGUGAAAGUAGACCUGGAGACCGAUUCGGAAGAGCAAGAGAUUAGUCGUAGUACCUGUCGUAGUGAUCAGUCGUGGAAUUUGAACUGUGCACCGGGGCAAACGUCGCCAGAACCUUGGACGAUGAAAAUGAGUCCAGCGCUCGCACCGAAGAGAAAGAUGUGUCAGCUCGAUGGAGAUAAAACAGCGACAACAACAACAGUAGACAAAGACGAAGAUGACGACGAAGAAGACGACGAAGACGACGAGGACGGAGAAAAACUCAGCUCAGACUCGUCGUCCCGGCUCGAGCUCGAGCUGCUGCGGUUUUACUACUGGGAUGCGAUCAGAUGGGUGGAAUUCCCGUCCAAGGCCAACGCUGUGCUGGGGGCGGCCUUGCAAAGAAACUGUGAAUCCGUGGUUCUGCCCGCGGGCGAGAAUCGCCUGUACAAGAUUGAUUUCAGGACGAAGUCGCAAAUGAACCUCAAGACCGGAUACGUGCGAUCCGUCGCGUGGGAGGGCUCGUGCCGAGGCUCGAGAGAGGUGGCCGGAUUCGAGAACCCUUUCGAGAGGCAAGAGCUGCUGCCGAGCGAUGACUGCCUCAGGAUGAUGAUGGCCGGGACCGUCUGGAAGCAGGAUUCGACGAAAUCCUCCGCCGCUCCGCACUCCUCCGAGAGGAUGCUGAUGGAGGCGCCGGCCCCUUCGAUGCUGCCAUACCCCUUCCAGUCGAAGGCGGUGGAAACCUUCGCCAAGCUCGGGGACAAGGUCGCAGUGCUCGAGCCCGGGCACAAAGAGUUCAGCGCGGUGCACGAUGUGUUCAGCAAGGGGUUCAGAUGCCGGCCGCCGCAUGGCAAGCGGCCCAGGCUCACGGCCGUGCACAAGGUGCUGAACACGGAGGCGAAAUUGAGAUACUUCGGCGAGCAAAUGCAGUCCAUGGAGAGGUCGCGCGGCAAUGCCAAUCUGCGCCACGCCUGGCACGGCAGCUCGGCCGACGCCAUCGUGUCGAUCGUCAUGUACGGGUUCGGCCAGCGCCCCAUGUCGCUCAAUGGCAACAAUUUCGGCUGCGGCACGUACCUCGCCCCGUUCUCCAAGCUCGACGUCAGCGCUCAGUACGCCGAGCAAGACGAGAACAAGGAGCAACACGUUCUCCUCUGCGAGGUUGUGCUGGGCGAGAGCGAGACCGUCUCGCCGGGAUCGUGCCACAGAUUUCUGCCGAGCAGUACGAGCUACGACAGCGGAGUGGAUGAUCCCGACAAUCCCAACCUCUACAUUGUCUGGACUCCCUUCAUCAACUCACACAUAAUUCCGUGGUACAUUGUGAGCUUCGUCACCGAAGAAGCCAGGCACAAGCUUUCUGGGCCGGUGCGACGAUCGCCGGACAUUAUUCGUCCGUCGCCGUACCCUUGUGCGCGAAAACCACCGAUUCUCGAACCCAAGCAUGUAAAUGAACUGUUCAAUCCUUCGGGUUUACGGACAUUUUCCAAGUCAGGGCAGCUGGAGCUUCUGGCACGAGCGACGGCGGCCUUGCCUGCGAUGGUAUCGUGUCGAGGCCGGGGAGCGAACGAGAAUGCGGACCACGGCUCGGACAACUGCCUUCUGAAGGCACUGAACGCCUCGAAGCAAAAAUUACACGAGGCUGCGAGAAGUAUCCAAGCGAAGAAAGCUCAGAACGUAGCGGGCCUAGCGCCCAAGGACGACAAAUCCAGAUCAGGCAGAAUCAACUUAAACCUAGGAUUGAACAUCGAUGGGUUCUCUUAUCAAUCGAGACACCCAAAUUGGUUAGCUCAAAGUCAGAGACACCAAUAGAAUGUAAACGUAUGAGAGCUGUGUAGUAAAUUUGCGUUAGAUAUUUAUUUCAUUCAGAGCUGUCAUGAAAACUUUCAUGUGAACUGGUGCAGCAGCAGCAUGUGCCGGGGUCCCUAUGAUCAUGAAAAGUAAGUCUGGCAUCAAAGUGUCAUGACACAUGCUAUUUUGGACAGUAAAUCUCCGCCGACUAAUUUCAGGCCAUCCAUGUUUACGUUCCCUCGCUCCCUCUCGGACGUCGUCUCGUUCCUCCGCUGCAGGCCUCAGCCGCUGGCAUGACAUGAGCAUGUGUUGGCAUGCAUCAGCUCAGUCAACGCUUCCAAUCCUUUCCUUUGCACCUCUCCAACAUGUGUAUUGCCUGCCUGCCUGCCUGUUGCCAUGGCAGACAGGAGGAGCACUGCAGUUUGUGUGUAAGUAGAAGGCCACCUCAACUGUAAUGCACAGCAACUGCCAGUCGUUGAUUUGUAAGAGAAGAACCACUCGUACCCUCGUGUUUUAGAGGGCAAGGACUUAGAGAGGAGGAAAGGAGAAAACUCUUCUAGAUCCAGGUUGGGCCUCCUUCCCAGCACUGGUCUCCUUUUCUGCGUUUCUGCCACUGCAUCGCUCGUGUAAACGGGUGUUGUGGGAAAGAUCAUGAUGAUAGCAGUUACUUACCAGCCAGCUGCUAAGUUAUCGUCCGUCCUUUCUCUGACCAACAUAGUCUACAUGCUAUCUUCGGUCUGGUCUCAGUCAUGGAGGUUUUCAACUGCAUCGAAGGAGUGGAUCUGAAUCUGAAUCAGUAGAACGAAUGUUGCUCGGUGAGGUUUCCGCCCCACAAGACUCGUCGACUUUGGUUGUUGCCCAGCACUGAGUUGUGGGAUGCCAUCCAGUGCGGGCCUGGUAAUGAGGUGAGAUUUGCCCAAAGUCAAUGCCAAGCUCGCAUUGCACUUGUGCAGCUUCAGUGUGGACUUCGUUCUCAUGCUCUUGCAGCUGUGAAAUUUCUGUGGAAGUAAUCAUGGCUUGCAUUUUUGGGCCCUUGAUGUGCAUGCCCAUAUGUUGUCAUGGCACAUUCCACCAAAUUACUGAGGAUACGUAAAAUCACAGCUUACAGUGCCCACGAGGCGGAGCCGUUGCCAGGAGCAGAAAAUUCUUAUCAGUGGUGAACAGCUUCGGAUGUUUAUGACCAAAGCAUUCCGAGGGAGCUUUGUUGAGCCACUCCGCGAAAGUAGCUCUCGUUGGUUUCAGGCUACCGAUCUGAUCACGUCGCGAAAAUCAUUCUCCGCUCAGUCGUAAUCGCACAGUUGCCAACAUAUUUAAGAUCGCGUGAUUUGUUCCAUAUAGUGAAUUCGGUUUGCUAUUGU